GUGAUGCGUCUGGCCCAUGAGAGGUUGCGAGGCUGAGAGCUCAGCCAGCGUUCAGUCGUCUUCUCCAGUUCUCCCCACCUUUCCCCGUGCGCCUCUUCCCGUUCGCCUCUUCCUUUCAUCUGGCUGCCGUUCUCCACUCCUCGAGCUCCAAACCUCGCGUAAACCCCAGCCCCCGCGUCGCGGAGGGGAAGGGAUUUGCCUCCGCGGGAUGAAGACGAGGUCGCAGACGGCGCCGAAGCCCCUCAAGAUGGUGGCGCUGGCGCCCAGGCCCGGCAGCCCCAAGCGGAGGCCGAGGCCGAGGCCGAAGCCGGUGGGGAAGGGCGACCCCCGGGCGCCCAAGAAGCCCCCCACCGCCUUCUUCUACUUCAUGGAGGAUUUUCGGAAGACUUACAAGCAAGAAAAUCCAAGUGUAAAGUCAAUGCAGGAAAUAGGGAAGGCAUGUGGUGAAAAAUGGAAUACAAUGGCAUUUGAGGAAAAGGUGAAGUAUUAUGAUAUAGCUACUGAGAAACGUGCAGAAUUUGAGAAGGCGAUGAUUGAAUAUAACAAGAAAAAGGAAAGUGGAGAAAUAUUUGAGGAUUCAGAUUCGGGCUAGAGCUGAAGAUUUUGCUAUUCCAAUUCCAGAUGGUUCACCAUUACUAGUUGAAUCAAUGAAUUGUAUAUUACAGAACUGUGAUUUGUAAGGCAAUUUGUAGGUACUAGUAGUAGCCUUCAGUUCAUGCACAAUUGUAUCAUCUGUAAUAGACUGGUUGUAUUUAACUGACACCGAGUCACUGGUGGUUCUAGUCUGGACAGAAUUUGCCAACUGCUCGAUUUGUUCACACUUCACAAAGUAUAGCCUAUCCAGAAAUCUGA